UCUCCACAUUGUCAGAGCCCUGCAUCACCUCUCUUAAAAGGCUCCCGAGGCCACUCCUCACGCCAGCUGCCGACCAGCCUGACACUUGCCUCCCGGUCAGCCUCUGCUUGCCUUGAAUGCCUGCUUCUUCAAGUUUUUGGGGUGACUGACGAGGUUGGGACCAUGUCUACCUUUGGUUACAGAAGGGGACUUAGUAAAUAUGAAUCCAUCGAUGAGGAUGAACUUCUGGCCUCCCUCUCGGCUGAGGAGCUUAAGGAGCUUGAGAGGGAGCUGGAGGACAUUGAACCAGACCGAACCCUUCCUGUGGGGAUGAGGCAGAAGAGUCUGACGGAGAAAACCCCCACAGGGAACUUCAGCAGGGAGGCGCUGAUGGCUUAUUGGGAAAAGGAGUCCCAAAAACUUCUGGAGAAGGAACGGCUUGGGGAGUGUGGAAAGGUUGCAGAGGAAGACAAGGAGGAGAGUGAGGAAGAGCUAAUCUUCACAGAAAGCAACAGCGAAGUCUCUGAGGAAGUAUGUACAGAGGAGGAGGAGGGGCAGGAGGAGUCUCAGGAGGAAGAGGAAGAGGAAGAGGAAGAAGAAGAGGACAGUGAGGAAGAGGAAGCUACAACUGAAGCUACAAAACACAUUAACGGAACUGUAAACUACAGUAGCGCUAAUUCAGAUAACUCCAAGCCAAAGACAUUUAAAAGCCAAAUAGAAAACAUAAAUUUAACCAAUAGCAACAGUGGAGGGACACAGAGGAACACAGAGUCGCCUGCCGCCAUUCACCCUUGUGGAAAUCCCACUGUUAUUGAGGACGCCCUGGAAAAGAUUAAAAACAACGACCCUGACACAACAGAAGUCAAUCUGAACAAUAUCGAGAACAUCACCACACAGACCCUGUCCCGCUUUGCGGAAGCGCUCAAGGAGAACACAGUCGUGAAGACGCUCAGUCUGGCCAACACGCACGCGGAUGACGCCGCGGCGAUUGCCAUAGCAGACAUGCUCAAGGUCAAUGAGCACAUCACCAGUGUCAAUGUGGAGUCCAACUUCAUCACGGGCAAGGGGAUCCUGGCCAUCAUGAGAGCCCUGCAGCACAACACGGUGCUCACCGAGCUGCGCUUCCACAACCAGAGACACAUCAUGGGCUCCCAGGUGGAGAUGGAGAUUGUCAAGCUGCUCAAGGAGAACACCACGCUGCUGAGGCUGGGCUACCAUUUUGAGCUCCCAGGACCAAGAAUGAGUAUGACGAGUAUUUUAACAAGGAAUAUGGAUAAACAGAGGCAAAAGCGCAUGCAGGAGCAAAAACAGCAAGAGGGGUAUGACGGAGGAGCUGCUCUUAGGACCAAAGUCUGGCAAAGAGGGACACCAGGCUCUUCUCCGUACGCCUCUCCAAGGCAGUCUCCCUGGUCAUCUCCCAAAGUCUCCAAGAAAGUCCACACUGGGAGAAGCAGACCUCCAUCUCCGGUAGCCCCUCCCCCUCCUCCUCCCCCUCUUCCUCCGCACAUGCUGCCUCCUCCCCCUCCUCCCCCUCCUCCUCCACUCCCAGAGAAAAAGCUCAUCACCAGAAAUAUCGCAGAAGUCAUUAAACAACAGGAAAAUGCCCAGCGGGCCCUACAAAAUGGACAGCGAAAGAAAAAAGGGAAGAAGGUUAAGAAACAGCCAAACAACAUCCUAAAGGAAAUAAAGAAUUCUCUGAGGUCAGUGCAAGAGAAGAAAAUGGAAGACAGCUCCCGACCCUCUACCCCCCAGAGAUCAGCUCAUGAGAACCUCAUGGAAGCCAUUCGGGGGAGCAGCAUAAGACAGCUCCGGAGGGUGGAAGUUCCCGAGGCUCUGAGAUAGACCUGUCUGUAGAAGAGAACCCAGAACUGUGCAGUGGUGUGACCUGAGGGGCCUUGCAAGCUGCUUCCAAAGUGCCUUCUUUAAUUUGAAAUGUUCCCGACUUCAACAAAAGUGUCACUGUGGAAUUCCAAAGGGAAUUUUAAGAAGCAAUCAGCACGUUUCUUCUGUAAAUAUGAAAAUAAACUUUUUCUUUAAGGUCAUAAGAUUUUGUGCGGAUAGAGGCUGCGGAUUUCUUUGCAGCUCUGGUGUCUCGGUGGCAAAGUGCAAAUCACUUAAAGAAAUGUGCUAUUAUUUUUGUAAUCCCAAUAACCUUAGAUUAAAGUUUUUUCUUUUUUUUUUUUAAAGAGAAACUAUUAUUUUUCUGAGUUAAUACAUCUGCUGGCUAUGUAUGUAAUAUUGCUAAAUAUUAAAAGCAUUAUGUUCUCACACCAAAAA